CUGGAGGCAGAAACACUUUUACCCGUGGAGGGCAGCACUGCACCUUUCAAUGUAUAGCCUUCCCGAUAUUCUAAUAAUAAUUAUUAUUAGUAGUAGUAGUAUUAUUGUUCUUGUUAAUAGAAGAAGAAGAAGGUUAGAAGGUUAAACACCAGAGAACGUAAUACCUUAUCCUUCCAAGGUACAACCAGAAGAAGGACAACAAUGGACAAUCUGGAAGUAGGAACAGAAGGCAGUGCAUUGCAGGACUCGGCCGCCAUCAAACUCGACAAAGACAAACUCAAGGCCUCUGGAAACUGCGGUGAGAUGAGGAGCACCUCUGAUCCUCGCUGGACCCAGGAGCUGAUGCCUCCUCUGUCAAACCUCUGCCUGCAAAGUAUCGUGAGCAACUUUGAGGAAAACCCUAUAGUUGAACAACUUGGACCAGGUGAGAAAGACUUUAUUCUCAAGCAUCUCUUCACCGAUCUUCCCCUGCACGUGACGGCAAACCUGAUAACUGACGGCGUCUAUUGGAGGCGGUGCUGUGAGCGGCAGUGGGACCUCUGCGACGUCUCCGAUUACGGCAACAGCUGGAAGCGGAUGUUCUUCGAGCGGCGCCUCGAGAGCAUGAUCGAGCUUUUCAUCCCGGACGCAAGCGACCCCGAGGUGAUCCUCGACAUGGUGCAGCACUGCAGGGACUACAUCAAGAGGCUGAGCAUUUCCCAGCUGCUGCUGAGCGACAACGAGUCCUCUGCGGACCACUUUGACUUUGGCAUCGUGCUCGACAAGCUGACCAGCCUGGAAGAGCUCCAUUUGAUCUACAGGGUCAAAAAAUGUGGGAUGAACUUCGAAUGGAAGAUGCUUGAGAUGAGCGAUCGUGAUUGCGAGUCCCUCGCCAAGGCCAUCGAGUCCUGCAAAACUUUGAAGCGACUGAGGCUCCAACUGAGCAACAUUGACGAUAAUCAGUGCCACCUGCUGGUCAAAUACCUUUUGGACCACCCGAGCCUGAGGGAGCUCGACUUUUCCCACAACCUGAUCAGUGACGGCGGAGCCAAAGCCAUCGCCGAGCUGCUCACCAGGAGUAAACUGGAGAUCCUCAACUUGUUUGACAACGAUAUCAGAGACAAAGGUGCCAAAGCGAUCGCUCAGGCCUUGUCCGAGAACUCCACCCUGUUGUCGCUCAACCUGCGUCUCAACCGCGUGAAAGACGAGGGAGGUCAGGCCAUAAGUGAGGCUCUGCUGAAGAACAACACCCUCCAUCACCUGCACCUCGGAGCCAACAAGGUGACAGGGCCGACUGCUGUAGCGUUGUCUGAGGUGCUGGCUCAGAAUAACAUCCUGAGGAGCAUUAUUAUUAUCAACCUCUCCUGCAACAACCUGGGCGAGCUAAACGAGGCAGUCAUAAAGCACCCGUCCUUCCGUUUGUCUCUCUGCUGAAUCUGCUGGACUGGGACAACAAUGGAGGAGAGUGUUGUCCUCCAGAGCCAACUUCAGUUCAAUUCACUGCUUCCAUCCAUCCAGCGUCUCCCUCUUCAUCAUCCACAUGAGGGUCAGGGGCGGGAGCUGGAGUCAAUCCCAGUCGACAUAGGGCGAAAAGCGGGGUUCACCCUCGAUAACAGGGUCAACGCAUAGAGCUCCGAACGUCUCGUGACGCAGUUGCUAUGAAUUGCCAUGUUGGCGGCCUCAGAUGCAGCAAAAAUGACUGAGGCCGGCGCUGGACUCAACCUGUCACGAGUUCACUGCGCACUUUAAAUCCACAGAGAUCAACCAAAAUAUCACAAGAACUUGACUGAAAGAAUGAAUCUAUCUGAUCUUCAGCCAGAGAGGACAUUAUUCCAGACCUUCGUCUUUACUCUGGGGAGUCACUGAGGGUUUACAAUGGACGCAAUCUGGCUUUGUGACAAACUCUGGAGUCUACCGGAGUCUACCGACUAAAGUUAGCACUGUUGUCACCAGAAGGUUGAGUGUUGCAUUAGCGUAACGCUAAUAACACUAGCAACAGGCAGUGUGAUUUUAAUAAUUGCCAUGCAGACUAGUUCCUGGUAAAUCUAGUCUGAGUCCAUGAUUUGCCAGGAUUUAACCACGGAAUCAUCCGUCUUCUUCUGCUCACUGUGAGUAAAUCACCUCGACCUUCUCUCUGGAUCUGUGGGGAUCCGGUAAAAUGCUCUCCCGUUAGCCUGUUAACCUGUCUCCGACUGUUUUGGAUCUUCUACCGCUUUAUCCACAUGGGGGUCACAGCUAAAGGCGGGUUCACACCAUGGACAGGUCACCAGUCCAUCACAGGGCCAACAUAGAGACAAACAACCAUUUACUCUCACACCCGCGGUCAAUUUAGAGUGUCCAUUCACCUAA